CAUUUUGUGCUUAUUUAAACCCCACACUGCACCAGCAUCGGCACAAUCGAAUUUCUAAUUUCUUCAGUGAUCUAACAAUGGCGGAUACUCUCGAAGUUGACGUUCACGAUGUCCAACCGCUCUUAUCUUCUUCUGAACGAGAUUACCUUGUUCGCAACAACGGUGAUCAGGUUGCAAUUAGCACCUUGAAAGGGAAAAAGGUGGGCUUGUAUUUUUCUGCAUCUUGGUGCCCUCCAUGCCAAAGAUUUACACCAAAUCUUGUGGAUAUAUAUAAUGAACUUGUUGUAAAAGGUGAUUUGGAGAUUGUGUUCGUAUCGGCUGAUGAAGAUGAAGAAUCAUUUACUGGUUAUUUCUCCAAAAUGCCUUGGCUUGCGGUUCCGUUCUCGGAUUCCGAAACCCGAGAAGCUUUAGAUAAAUGUUUCAAGGUGAGUGGAAUACCUCAUCUUGUGUUCCUUGAUGAAAGUGGAAAACUUUUGAGUGAUCGUGGGGUCGAGAUCAUUGGAGAAUAUGGAUCUGAUGGGUACCCGUUUACCCCGGAACGGGUCAAAGAGAUUAAAGAUCAGGAAGAAGAAGCCAGGAAAAAUCAAACGCUGAGAUCCUUACUCGAGACUCCAUCUCGUGACUUCGUCAUUAAAGCUAAUGGCGAUAAGGUGCCUGUAGCUGAACUUGAAGGAAAGACAGUUGGUCUCUACUUUAUGCUGUCUACAUUCAAGAGAUCAUCUGAUUACACUGGUACACUCGUCAAAGUAUACGACGAAUUGAAAGCAAAAGAUUGUAACUUUGAGAUAGUAAUGAUUCCCCUUGACGAUGACGAAGAAUUGUUGAAGAAAGAGCUUGAUAACGUCCCUUGGUUAUCACUUCCGUUUAAAGACAAGAAGUGUGAUAAACUUGUUCGGUAUUUCGAGCUCUCAACACUCCCUACGGUAGUCAUUAUUGGUCCCGAUGGGAAAACUCUUCAUCCCAAUGUUGCUGAUGCCAUUGAAGAACACGGAGUUAACGCGUACCCUUUUACACCUGAUAAAUUCGCUGAGCUUGAGAAGAUAGAAAAGGCUAGACUCGAAGCACAAACUUUGGAGUCGGUUUUGGUUUCUGGCGAUCUUGAUUUUGUACUUGGGAAAGAUGGAGUUAAGAUUCCUGUAUCUGAUUUGGUCGGUAAACACAUCCUAAUAUACUUCUCCGCACACUGGUGUCCACCGUGCCGUGCGUUCACUCCAAAACUGGUUGAAACAUACAAGGAAAUCAAAUCCAAACAUGAUGCGUUUGAAGUGAUAUUCAUCUCAAGUGACCGAGACCAAGCUUCAUAUGACGAAUACUACGCCACUAUGCCAUGGCUAUCACUUCCCUACAACGACAAAAGAAAGCAAUCACUGAGCCGUACGUUCAAAGUCAACGGCAUACCUCUGCUGGUGGCUUUGGGCCCCACUGGGAAGACAAUCACGACAGAGGCUAGAGGACUCGUCAUGCUUCACGGUGCCGAGGCGUUCCCCUUCACUGACGAACGUUUAGCGGAGAUCGAAGCUAAAUUUGCCGACAUGGCAAAAGGGUGGCCUGAUAAAGUGAAGCAUGACUUGCAUGACGAGCACGAGCUUGUUCUGACUCGUUCGCGAGGGUUUAUGUGCGACAAGUGUGACAAGGAGGGGACGAUUUGGGCUUAUAGAUGCAAGGGGUGUGACUUUGAUCUUCACCCUGAAUGUGCCCUUGGAAAGGAUGAAAAAGAUAAGGGUAAACCGAAUGAAGGAUGGGUGUGUGAAGGUGAUGUUUGUUACAAAGCUUCACCCAAAGUGCACCAGCAUCGGCACAAUCGAAUUUCUAAUUUCUUCAGUGCUCUAACAAUGGCGGAUACUCUCGAAGUUGACGUUCACGAUGUCCAAUCGCUCUUAUCUUCUUCUGAACGAGAUUACCUUGUUCGCAACAACGGUGAUCAGGUAGCAAUUAGCACCUUGAAAGGGAAAAAGUUGGGCUUGUAUUUUUCUGCAUCUUGGUGCCCUCCAUGCCAAAGAUUUACACCAAAUCUAGUGGAUAUAUACAAUGAACUUGUUGUAAAAGGUGAUUUGGAGAUUGUGUUCGUAUCAGCUGAUGAAGAUGAGGAAUCGUUUACCGGUUAUUUCUCCAAAAUGCCUUGGCUUGCGGUUCCCUUCUCGGAUUCCGAAACCCGAGAAGCUGUAGAUAAAUGUUUCAAGGUGAGUGGAAUACCUCAUCUUGUGUUCCUUGAUGAAAGUGGAAAGCUUUUGAGUGAUCGUGGGGUCGAGAUCAUUGGAGAAUAUGGAUCUGAUGGGUACCCGUUUACCCCGGAACGGGUCAAAGAGAUUAAAGAUCAGGAAGAAGAAGCAAGGAAAAAUCAAACGCUGAGAUCCUUACUCGAGACUCCAUCUCGUGACUUCGUCAUUAAAGCUAAUGGCGAUAAGGUGCCUGUAGCUGAACUUGAAGGAAAGACAGUUGGUCUCUACUUUAUGCUGUCUACAUUCAAGAGAUCAUCUGAUUACACUGGUACACUCGUCAAAGUAUACGACGAAUUGAAAGCAAAAGAUUGUAACUUUGAGAUAGUAAUGAUUCCCCUUGAUGAUGACGAAGAAUUGUUGAAGAAAGAGCUUGAUAACGUCCCUUGGUUAUCACUUCCGUUUAAAGACAAGAAGUGUGAGAAACUUGUUCGGUAUUUCGAGCUCUCAACACUCCCUACGGUAGUCAUUAUUGGUCCCGAUGGGAAAACUCUUCAUCCCAAUGUUGCUGAUGCCAUUGAAGAACAUGGAGUUAACGCGUACCCUUUUACACCUGAUAAAUUCGCUGAGCUUGAGAAGAUAGAAAAGGCUAGACUCGAAGCACAAACUUUGGAGUCGGUUUUGGUUUCAGGCGAUCUUGAUUUUGUACUUGGGAAAGAUGGAGUUAAGAUUCCCGUAUCUGAUUUGGUCGGUAAACACAUCCUAAUAUACUUCUCUGCACACUGGUGUCCACCGUGCCGUGCGUUCACUCCAAAACUGGUUGAAACAUACAAGGAAAUCAAAUCCAAACAUGAUGCGUUUGAAGUGAUAUUCGUCUCAAGUGACCGAGACCAAACUUCGUAUGACGAAUACUACGCCACUAUGCCAUGGCUAUCACUUCCCUACAACGACAAAAGAAAGCAAUCACUGAGCCGUACGUUCAAAGUCAAUAGCAUACCUCUGCUGGUGGCUUUGGGCCCCACAGGGAAGACAAUCACGACAGAGGCUAGAGGACUCGUCAUGCUUCACGGUGCCGAGGCGUUCCCCUUCACUGACGAACGUUUAGCGGAGAUCGAAGCUAAAUUUGCUGACAUGGCAAAAGGGUGGCCCGAUAAACUGAAGCAUGACUUGCAUGACGAGCACGAGCUUGUUCUGACUCGUUCGCAAGGGUUUAUGUGCGACAAGUGUGACAAGGAGGGGACAAUUUGGGCUUAUAACUGCGAGGACUGUAACUUUGAUCUUCACCCAGAAUGUGCCCUUGAAAAGGAUGAAAAAGAUAAGGGUAAACCGAAUGAAGGAUGGGUGUGUGAAGGUGAUGUUUGUUACAAAGCUUCAUAAACGAGUUUGUGUCACAAGUGUUAUAAGGCAUGCUAUAUUUCAACUUUCAAGUUUAAGCUCAUGUUAUGCAUGUAAGGAUUGAUGAAGUUUUUGUGUGUAAUAAAAUGGUUUUGACUUUGGUUUGUA